CGGCUUAUCCUUAGAUUAUUGAUUGGUUUGGUCAAUGCCAACUUUGUAUGUUACAAAUCAAUGUUUAUAUAAUGACGAAGUGAACAGAUUACCAUCCAUUUCAGCACUACUAUAGUUAAUAUAACUAUACAUGAAUCUAUUUUUAGAAUCACCCCACAAAAAGCAGUCACUGUGUGUGUGUGUGUGUUCUAAUAGACCUCUCCUAUUACUGAUCAUGGCUUUAUCUAAAGGAUCAUUGUCACCACUAGCAAGAGCUGACAAGAUAGAUAGAGUCACUCCAGUACUACAAGGGAGCAGUUGUAUAGCAGCUAUUGACUUUGGUACCUCAUCACUAUCAGUAGCAUACACCACUCCAACUGAUGGACAGAUCAAACUAGUACCACUACACAGUACUUAUGAGAGGGUACCUAAUGCUAUAAUGAUAUUGAAGGACCAGGAGACCCAACAAUGUAAAGUCACUGAGAUUGGAUAUAGGGCACAGAGCAUUUAUGGUGACAUCAAGAAAGAAGCUCAAAAUGUCAUUUAUUUUGAGCGAAUAAAGACCUUACUGGAGAGAGAUACAGCAUUAGAUCGAACUACCCAAGUCUCUUCAUUCACUGGUGGUUCUUAUUAUCUCAUUGAAGUUAUAGCUUUCAUUCUGACGUAUCUCAAGGAGAAGCUACUCACUGAUCAUCUGAAAGGGAACUACAAGUCAAGUGAUUUUGAUUGGGUCAUUACUGUUCCUGCUAUAUGGAAAGCAAGAGCAAGAAGAAUGAUGAGAGAAGCUGCUUAUAUGGCUGGUCUCACUUCUGAUGCUCCUGGUAUAACAAGGUUCACUCCAGUUGGUUCCCCUUUACCACGUCCAGAGGAGGUUAAUCCUGAGAAGCUAUCAUUAGCUCUAGAACCAGAAGUAGCUGCUAUAGCUGCACAGCAUCAGUCAGAAGUAUCAGGAACACCUCCAGAGAGAUAUAUGGUAGUUGAUAUAGGAGGAGGUACAGUUGAUAUUACUGUACAUGAUAAGAGUAAUGGGAGAAUUAGUGUAGUACUACCACCAAUGGGGAACACCUGGGGAGGUACUACUGUCAAUGAAGCAUUGUCAAUGAUACUGGAAGAAAUAUUAAAAGAUAAAGGUUUCGAGUCUUUCUUAGCUUCAGAUCCAACUCGUGCUAAAGUUGCUCUGAAUAAAUUAUUCUAUGGAGAAUUUGAAGAACAGAAGAAAACAUUCGGUGACACGACUGAGGGCAUUAAUGAAAUAUCCCUGACCUUACCAGCUGCCUUUGUAUCAUUCUAUGGUAAUGAUAAGCUUCAUGAAGUGAGGAAGCUGAAUAUGCAUUAUGAUCCUGGAGACCUUUCAUUAGAAAUAGAUUAUCAUCAGUUAGAAGAGAAGGUAUUCAAAUCAACAGUUGAUAUGAUCAUUGAGUGCGUGAGGGCAGCUUUUGAUGAGCUAGGGUCUGACGGUAUCGAUACAGUUUAUCUGGUAGGAGGGUUUGGAGGGUGUAGGUUUGUUAGUCAAAAGAUAGAAAAAGCUAUUUCUGAGCAUUGUGGCAUGCUUUAUGAUAAUAUAGUGUGUCCUGUACAACCAGAUCUUGCUGUAGUAAGAGGAGCAGUAAUGUGGAGGAAAGAUCCUAACAUAAUCCAAUCACGUGUUGCUGAUGCUACCUAUGGGGUACGAUGUGAGCCUGUAUUCAACCCAUCAAUACAUGAUGAACACUACAAGUAUGUAAAUGAAGAAGGUGACCAACUUUGUAACAAUGUCUUUGAUGUAUUUGUACUCAAAGGAGAAGAGAUAAAGGAUGAAGUGUAUAAAGGUAAAUUUAUACACAGUCCUCAGAUUGACAAACAACAUAUCCCAAUAUACUGUACAGCAGAUGAUGGAGUUCAGUAUACAGUAGAUAAAGAUGGUAAACCAGCAGUACGUGAGAUUGGCCAGCUAGUACUUGAUGUUUAUGGUAAUAAACCACGGGAAGAGCGAAAAUUCUAUGUAUUCAUGGAUUUCAGAGGUACAGAGAUAAAAGCAAGAGCUCAGUAUCGUAUCACUGGAGAAGAAGUGAAAACAGUUUGUGACUUUCUAUCAAAACACGACUAAUAACAAUAAUGAAAAUGAAUUAAUACUACUAGGUCU